CUUCUGAAAAAGCUAAAUUAAACUUGGUGCUGUGUGGAAGAAAUACAAAGCUCAAGGCCUCCGUCUCCAAUAUGUUACAAGGGAAAACUUCAUCCACACAUCCGAAAGAGUCUAGUUUACUUUGUGUAAAGACAAAAGUGAAGGUACAUGAACAUCUCAUCACUGUGGUGGAGCUUCCAGCUCUCACUGAGCUCUCAGAAGAGGAAGUGAUGUGCCAGACUCUCCGCUGUGUGUCUCUCUGUGAUUCUGGAGUUCAUCUUUUCCUCCUCAUUAUUCCUGUUGGCCCACUUACUGAUGAAGAAAAAACAGAACUGGAGAAGAUCCAGAAGAUAUUUUACUACAAAGAGAACUUCAUGGUGCUCUUCACUACAGAUCUCACUGUUGACCAAAGUGUGAGAAAUUCUGUGUUGACCACGGAAUCUCAAAGAGUUGUUAGUCUGUAUGGAGGUCAUUACAAUGUAAUGGGAUUAAAGGACCAUAGAAACCUUGAUCAGAUCUCUGACCUGUUGGAAUGUAUAGAGGGCAUUAAAACAGAACCCUACUCACUUCAGAUGUAUAUAAAGGCUCAAGAGAACAGAGUGAGAUAUGAGCUAGAGGAAAAACUGAGUGAAAUGGAGAUCAAAAUCAAAGCGUUAGAGCAGAAGGUCCAACAAGAGGGUGAAGAUGCACCAUCAGAUUCAGGCUUUUUAAGAAUUGUGCUGAUUGGAAAGACUGGAAAUGGAAAAAGUGAAACAGGAAACACAAUCCUGGGGAGAGAAGAGUUUCAUACAGAAGUCAGUUCAGAUUCUAUAACAACUGUCUGCAUGAAAGGAAUUGGAGAAGUUCAGGGUAGGUCAGUAGCUGUUGUUGAUACUCCAGGUCUCUUUGACACCACACUGUCAAAUGAAAAUGUGCUGGAAGAAAUUGUGAAAUGUGUUUCACUGUCAGCACCGGGACCACAUGUCUUCAUUAUUGUCUUGAGUGUGGGAAGAUUUACCAAUGAAGAGAAAAACACCGUGGAUCUUAUAAAAAUGAUUUUUGGUCCAAGUGCUGCACAGUUCAGCAUUGUUCUGUUCACUAGAGGAGACGAGCUGAAAAAUGAAACAAUACAACAAUAUGUAGAGAAAAGUAAAAAUGCUGAUCUCAAGAAAUUGAUCAGGGACUGUGGAAACAGGUUUUUAGUUUUUAAUAACAGAGACAAAAAAAAUAAUGCACAGGUUACUUGGCUUUUGAACAUGAUAGAAGAGGUGAAAAAAUCUAAUAAGGGGCAAUAUUUCACAAACAGCAUGUUUGAGGAAGCAGAGAUGUCCAUUAAAAAAAGGUUGGAGGAAAUACUGAAAGAAAAAGAAUGUGAAAUCCAGACAAAAUAUGACAUGGAAAUGGAAACCAUGAUGGAGAGACUAGACAAAGAGAAAAGAAAAGCAGAUGAGGAAAGGGUAAAAAUGGUGAAUCAGUUCAGAGAAAAAGAGGAGACUCUCAGAAGAGAGUUUGAAGAGAAAGAAAAGGCAGAACAGAAGAGACGAGAGGAGGAGGACAAGAGACGAUUAGAUGAAGAAAAACAACAAAAAGCUGAAUAUCACCAAAAAAUUGAAGAGAUGCAGAAAGAGAUGGAACAUCAGAGACUACUGUAUGAAAAACAGCAAAGAGAAAAAGAAGAGCAGGAGAAAAAUAGAGAGGAGAAAUAUAAACAAGAACAAGAAAAGCUUAAAGAUGAGCAAAAGCAUGUCAUGGCAGAAUUAAAAAAUAAACAAGAAGAGGAAACUAAAAGGAAACGUUUGGAGGAACGAAGGAGGAUUUGGGAGGAAGAGGAAGAGAGACAGAGAUGGGAAAGAAGAAUAAAAGAACAUGAACAUGACAAAAAGGAGAUUCAAGAGAACCUUAAACAACAGCAGAGAGAAUGGGAAGAGGAAACAAAAAAACAGAUGAGAGGACGAGAGGAAGAGGAAAGAAGGAGAAAAGAGCGACAUGAGGAUCAACUGAAGGAAAAACAAGAGGAACUGGAGAAAAUGAGAAAGAAAUCUGAAAGAGAUAGAGAGGAAGAAAGACAAAAGAUAGAGGAGGAGAGACAGCGCUGGAGAGAUACAGAGAGAAGAGUGAGAGAGCAAAAAGAGAGAGAACUUGAAGAAAAGAAAAACGAAUUGCAAAAACAUUAUGAGCAGGUGGCAAGAGAGAGAAAAGAAGACUGGGAGAGAAGUAAGCGAGAGGAUGAUGAGAGAAGAGAAGAGGAGAGAAAAAGAUGGAGGGAAAUGAUCAAAGAGCUUAAACGAGAGCAAGAGGUGGAGAUCAGCAGACGAGAGAAAGAGGAGAAAGACAGGAAAGAAAAAGAAGAAAAAGAACGGAAUCAGACGAAAAAGGAAUAUGAACAGAAUAUUAAAUAUAUAAAGAAGGAACAUGAAGAUGAAGCCAGAAAACAAGCAGAAGACUUUAAUGAGUUCAGAGCGAAUAAAGAUCGGCACAUUCAAGAGCUAACUGAGAAACUCAAACACAGUCGAAAAGAUUAUGAAGACCUGGAAAGAGUGUUUGAAAGCUUACUUAAACUAAAAAGUGAGGAAACAAAAGAACUACGGAAAGAAAUUGAACGACUAAAAAUAAGAAGAAAAUGUUAUGUUCAGUGAUACCAGUGUGGAAUAUCAUGCAAUAUAUGGAAGCAAUUUCUUAUAUCCAAGGACGUCUACAACACGGCAGAUCUGCAGGCUGAACUAAAUUCAUGUCUAAAUGGUAAAAUGCAGGAGAAGAAUGUUCAACUCUUCAAAAAAGAAAAGAAAAAGAAGAAAAAGAAACACAAAUGUUAUGUUUGAAAAAGUAACUGAUAUUUUCUUGAAAAGUAGUUGUUACUUUACAUUUCAUUAUUACUUUACUAGUUUCUUGAAAAUAGUAAAUCACGUUACUUGUAAUGCA